UGCUGUAUCACUAGAGCUUCGUAAUGUAUUUAAACGCAGUUUUUGUAGCUAAAGUUGCACAGGAAGUGAUUUUGCAGUGGCGCGCUUGUAGAAAGCUUUCAGCGUGUUAUUGUUGAUGUAGAGGGAGCUGUCUGUCCACCGCUCUCCUCAGGGGAAUUACUAACUUUAUCACUUUUUUUCCCCAAAUACGACAGAUCCAGACCAUUUGUUGAAGAACGAACUUGCACUAUGGCUUAUUUAUUAAUGUAACAUCUGUUGUUGUAAGACCGUAUAUGAACAUUUUGAUGAUUAUGUGAUGCGGUCGCUUGUACUUGUAGAUUGCUAGAAAGCUCCAUCGCUUUACGAGCAGUGCGCGAGCGCUUUUGACAUGCUGUCAAUCAAGCUCGGGUAAGCGGGUUAGCAGACUUGCUUACAUUUAGCCAAUAAUUGUCUUUAUCAGCAGUCAGUUUCAGUUAAUUGUUGACUUAAAGACCGACUAUGUUAGACCGUGUUACAUGGCAGAACCGGUGUGUCCAUUGCACAUGGAUAUCAUUCUAUCUGUAUGGGGAAGGAAUACGCUUGGCUUUAUUGUAAAGCUAUCGUAAACUAUUAUCACAUUAUUUGCAUGUGUAGUUAAUUUGAAGUCGAUGAGUCAAUGUUAAGCUUAGGAUGUAUAAAUGACAGGUGAUAAUGUUUCGCGUUUGUGUUUCUUGAACCUGUUAGCUGAACUGUGUGAGAAAAGAGAUAUCUCUCUAUUACAUCAAAUGAUCGAGGAGCUUUGUGUUAGUUUUAUUUAUUUUCUUCCUGACGUUUUUUAUUAACCAGUCGUGGUCUCUCAUGUUUGUUAAUUGCUUUGACGAUUGUCUCUGGAAACUGAAAGUUACUGUCACGUGAUAGAGUAAAAGCAAGUUCACACACAGCAUGCAAUUCGAUCUUCAAAUGGUGAUGAGCCUGCGGGUUUCAGAGCUUCAGGUUCUUUUGGGUUACGCCGGUCGAAACAAACAUGGACGAAAGCACGAGCUCCUGACCAAAGCCUUACACCUUCUGAAAGCUGGCUGCAGCCCUGCCGUCCAGAUGAAGGUCAAGGAGCUCUACAGACGACGCUUUCCCACCAAGCUAGUAUCUCCAGGCGAGCUGGCACUGCCCGGAGUCCACCCUGUCGUUGGUUCCCUGCCCCCAGGCCUCACUCAGCUGGGUUUUGAUGGACACGGAGCACCCCAGUCCCCUUUGCUUCCCAUUAGCCUCCUCGGACCCAAACAUGAGCUGGGCCUGCCCCACCUCCCCACCAACCUGCAUCCCGUACACCCUGACGUCAAGCUGCAGCGGCUUCCCUUUUACGACGUGCUGGAUGAGCUCAUUAAACCGACGAGUCUCACUUCAGAUAACAACCAGAGGUUUCAGGAAACAUGUUUUGCCUUUGCAUUGACGCCACAGCAGGUCCAACAAGUCAGCAGCUCAAUGGACAUAUCGGGGACCAAAUGUGACUUUACAGUGCAAGUACAGUUACGGUUUUGUCUAUCAGAGACAAGCUGCCCCCAGGAGGACCACUUUCCCCCUAAUCUUUGUGUUAAAGUCAACGGAAAACCAUGUAAUCUCCCAGGAUAUCUCCCUCCUACCAAAAAUGGCGUGGAACCAAAGAGGCCUAGUAGACCCAUCAACUUUACCUCACAGGUCAGACUGGUCACAACAGUCGGCAACACCAUUGUUGUGUCCUGGACCUCCGAAAUUGGACGGAGUUACUCUAUGGCAGUGUACCUGGUCAAACAGCUGUCAUCUACAGUUCUGCUGCAGAGGCUUCGAGCCAAAGGCAUCAGAAACCCAGAUCACUCGAGAGCACUCAUAAAGGAAAAGUUAACAGCAGACCCUGACAGUGAAAUCGCGACUACCAGUUUAAGAGUAUCAUUAUUAUGUCCGUUGGGGAAGAUGCGGCUGAUGAUUCCGUGCCGGGCGUUGACAUGUUCACACUUGCAGUGUUUCGAUGCCACACUCUACAUCCAGAUGAAUGAAAAGAAACCCACAUGGGUUUGUCCUGUUUGUGACAAAAAAGCACCAUAUGAACACCUCAUAAUUGAUGGGUUGUUUAUGGAGAUUCUGAACAGCUGUUUAGAUUGUGAUGAAAUUCAGUUCAAGGAGGAUGGCAAUUGGGCCCCCAUGAGGUCGAAAAAGGAAGUGCAGGAGGUGUCUGCAUCAUACAAUGGCCUUGAUGGGGGGUGUCGAACAGCGUUACUGGAGCAGAACCCUCAAACAAACGGCAACAGUGGAGGUGGAGGUAAAACAGUAGAGGUGAUCGAUUUGACUCUUGACAGCUCAUCGGAAGAUGAUGAGGAGGAAGAACCCCCACCGAAGAGAAGCUGUCCUUCACUCUCCAGCAUGUCUCCUCCAAUCGAUAAAGGAGUGCUGAAUCUCCACAGACAAGCAUCUCCUGUGAGUCGAACUCCCAGCAUUCCACAAGUGGACACCAAUUACAUUCCUCCACCUCCCCCCUUAAUUCAGGACUACUGCCACUACUACACAACGCCCACUGAGCUGUCAGAUCUCAACUUUUUCCCUUUUUUACAAGGAGAGAAUCAUCAGCACUACAACAUGGUAAUGGCGGCGGCUGCAUCAGCAUCUGAAGAUCACGACCUCCUCCUGAGUCGUUUUCUGCCGUACGGCUCAUCUCAGCUCUUCCUGGACCCUCCCUCAACGCCGGUCAGCAGCACCCUUCCUCCUAUCAACGUUAACGGCAGCAGCACGGGCAGCCUGGUCUCCUCCAGCAGCCUGCGGGAAAGCUUGGGACACCCACCCGGCCCACAUCCCACCUCUGAAUCAGGUCCCACGUCUGCUAUUUAUGGCCCCAUCCCAGACGUGAUUUCAUUAGACUGACACCGGGACCAGACCCUCACAAGAGAAACAGACUUAACAGAUUUCCAAACAAUGGAAAAAACAUGACAUACAGGAUGACUGAAGGGUGUUUUUGUAAACGAUGAUGAUCGUUGCCGUGUACAGAGAACAAAUAUAUUUUUUGUUUCACUUUUGCAUAUACAGUACGUCUAUCUGUCUAGCUAUCUAAUGAAUAUGUACACUUGAAAGAGGUUUUUUCUCGGCUUGCUAAGUUACUUCCAGUUUUAUCUCCUUUGGAAACUGAAGAUGUUUUUCCCUCACAGCUCUUUGAAGUACAAUGACAACUUUUUAUAUCCCCAUCAUAUUCUGUAUUCUAUAUAAUGUCUGAUUCCACAGGGCACAAUGGCUGUGAUGGUGGAGCACCACCAUGAUUCUUGGGGUUUUUUGCCCAGCAAAACUUGACGUGUCUUUGCCAGUCCACACCACGUUGAACCUCCAUUGCUGAUGACUGUGUGAUUCUUAUAAACAUGUAGGAUUGCCGUAUGUAGUGCUUUUAAGUUACAUGAGGUAGAUGAACUGUUAAGAAGCAUUACUUCAACGUCAAGCUACCAACUGGAAGUAAAAGCAUCGUCAUGGAUUGCCAAUAUCUGACCUCAUUAUUCAUACCUGAUAUGUAAUUCAUGACUUUAAAGCUUGUAAAAACAUUUGCAUCCUUUUUGUUCAUAUUUGUCUUGCUCGAUGCCAAAAGAACACUGUUUAGUGUUGAAGUUUUUAGAGUGAGAGCUUGUGAGUUCAGUGAACUUAAACGUACACCAUGUAUGGGAAGUAAGCAUUUAUUCUUUCUUUGUGGCUAUGCUUGAUUGUUCGUUCUCUCCUUUUCUUUCAUUCCCCAUUCCCCCAUACAAACAUUUUCCAUUGGAUUGUUAAGCAGUUGCUUAGAUAGUGAGGUGUUGGCAUGUAUUCUGAACUUGCUCAAAAAAAUUAUUUAGUAAUGGUGACUAAGAUCUGUCUCAAAGUGUCUGUAUUUUCAUUAUCAUCAGAGUUCAUAUUAUUCUCCGAUCCCCUUUCAUAUUCGAUUGUUGUCUAAUGAGUCAUUUGUUGUUAGGUACUGUGUGUUUUGUCUCGGAGCAGGAGGUCCUAAAGCCACUAUUUCUUCUAUUGUUCUGUCACGUGUGCCUUGUUUGUGUUUUGCGUGUGAAAGACUGGGUCUUGACACCCACGUAAAGGUCUCCCGUUUCACGGAUUCAGUGUUUGUAAACAACAAAUCUGACUAAGUAGCCAAGGUUGGAUAUGUCUAUCAUGUGCUGCUAGAGGUUAAUAGAGGUCGUUUGUCAACCUUUUCCUCAAAAAGUGAAGUAUUUGAGAAAUGUAGGACGGAAGAUGUAGUAUGUUGAAUAUGAAGUAAUGUGUUGGGAAAAAACCUAAAGAGUUUUACUAGACAUAUCUUUUUAUUUCUAUUUUGUGAAACAAUCUAGCGUUUGUCUGUUUUUGUGUAUGAGUAGCACUAAGCCACCGUGGCGCUCUCAAGGUCCACGUGCUGACCCGACAUCCUCUCAAAGUCUAAUUAGGUUUGUGAUGGGGAUAAUUGCUUGUGACAAAAUCGAGCUGUCACGUUUUGUGUUGUUUGAUAGGCUGAUAAGUUUCUUUUUCCAUUCCCCUCUAAACCUCCUCUCGAACCAGAUUUCCAUCUGAAAGUGUUAGAUAUGCUUAGCGUCUAUAUCAGUUGAUUGUCUCUUGCAACGGGUUUGACAUGUUAUUGGUCAUGUCAUUAACAAGAUAGCAGCUAUGGAGACGAAAUACAGAUGCUGUAAAAUUCUCGUGAACAAACUGACCGUUAUUGUUUGAUCCUAACAGUGUUAAUUGACGACUCUAUUUAAAAAGGUAAACGUGGACAGUUCUCGUCCUUUAAUGUAUAAGUUGGAUAUGACAUUAUGUAAUUGACAACGUUUGUUACCAUGGUUACCAUGUAACAGUCUGGGUUUAUUACAUUAAAGAACGUAUAAUAGUUUUCAUUAAUUGCCAUUGUUGAAUAAAGGAAAGGUUAUGUGUGUGUAUGAAUGUGUGUUUUACAGUGUGUGCGCAUGUUUUUGUUUAUGAUGUACGGCAAACAACAUGGAUGUUCUAGUGAUGUGCAUUUAUGUGUUAAAGUGGAAUCCUCAACAUCGCAAUGCACUCUUAAAAAAGGUGCUUCAAAUGGUUCUUCGAUGCCAUAGAAGAAUCUUUUGGUUCCAUAAAGAACCUUUAACAUCAUUCUGUUUUAACACAUGUUCUUUGUGAUGAAAAAAUGUUCUAUAGAUUAUAAAAAAAGUAAUAGAGAUGGUUCUUUAAAGAAUUUUUGGCUGAAUAGUUUUUUAUGGAACCAAAAGAGGUUCUUUCUUUGGUAUUGAUGUGAAGAACCAUUUAAGCACCUUUAUUUUUAAGUGUAUUUUUGACACAGAACUGUACAAGUGGACUUGGUUUCCAGUUUUAUUUUAUUUUCCAUUUCUCUAAGCUGACAUCUAUGAUCACUGCCUUAAAUUUCAUCCACUCUGUGUCUGUGGCAUGUUUUAUGAGAGAGGGAGGAAAAAAGAUUUUUAAGAUGUGGAAGACAUAUUGUACAGUAGACCAAUGUCAGUUUGUAUAAAGUACUAAGUGAAAAUAUUUAUUACAUGCAUUGAAAGAAUUUGUUUACCUAUUGAAUGUUACAUGUUUAUGUAGAGACAUUUAGAUGUAAUAAAAUGCAUUGAGUUAA